UAACAGGCUGCAUUAUUUAGCGGUUGGGUUGAGUGAAGAUGUCUGUUUGCACAAAGCUCCCCACUGAAGUGUGCAGCUCAGUAGGACAGGUGGUUGCACUUUGUGGCUCAGGGUCUGGGGCUCCACUCCAUCGACUAUCUCAGGAGGGACCAGAGUAUUAUUUUUUAAUACUAGCUGUGAAAAAUGAAAUGCGAGGUCAGAGCGGGUGGUCUUUCCACUAGUUCUGGAGAGGCUACAAAGGUGCAAUUGUGGAGGGUGGGAAUCUAUUAAUGUACAGCAUUCUCACUGUUUGCUUUUUUUAUAUUGUCAUUUAAUCAAGACAGACUUUUUGCACUCGGUAAUGUGCUGCUACACAUGUGAGCCCUUCCCGUAUUUUUGUUGCAAUCAAUUAUCUGACUUGGUGGGCUUCAAAUGGUAUCUGAAAUUCUGUUAAAAUAAACUGCUGUAAAAAAAUUGUUAUACUUUAAGAUCCUCAACAACAAACAGCCUGCUUGUUUGACAAUUGGAAAUAAAUACACAGAGUGAACUGCCAUACAUAUUUACAUUACUUUAAUUCCAAUAGAAAUAAAUGAAUGUAGUUGCCAUGGCAUCAAAAGCCUAUAAGUACCUCCACUGUUUGUUUUCAAACACACUUUCCCUUGAGGAAAGGUAUGUUAAACAUACUGAAACAUUGGGAAGUUGGCUCUUUGUUGAUGAUACAUUCAACACUCAUGGACAGUAUUAACGAACAUGGGUCUGUCGCUGAUAAAUUCAGUUUAGGGAUUCAAAUCAUAAAGGAGUUUAAAAUCAUAAAUAACUUGUUGUUAUUACAGCCUCAUUAUGUACAGUCGUGUUUACAUUAUAAAAAGAAAGUGUAAGUGGAAAUGGCAUGGCCUGUCUUGAUUUUGUUUCUUCUCUCUCACUCUCACAGCUCACCACCACCCUGCCCAAUCCCCAGCAGCUUGUAAUAUCUAGAAGAAAUUGCUAACUGAUGUACAGAAAAAGAAGAGCUUUUAGUGAAACUAGACAUCCAACAGCUGGCUGGGAAUGCUAAAAAGACAACCAGCUUCCAAAAUGUGAAGAAUUUCUCAUUGGCCUCACAUCGUCAGUGGAGCUCAUCCACACAAGCAUAUUAGCAAAACCACAGAGCAAAGAGGGGAAUGGGCGGGAGAGAGAGACCAAAGCAAUAAAAGCAAAACUAGAAAAGCGGACCACAGGACACUGACAGAACGGAGUUAACCCUUUGCAUGUCUGGUUUGAGUCAAGGAUACAUAGUAAAAUAGGAAAAGACAAAAAACCUAAAUACCUAUACAAAUGAACAAAUAAACACAACCUCUUUUCUUUAAUGUUUCUGUAUCUCAAGGGGGCAGUGGAGACAAAUCAACCAAGCAAAGUGUAUAAAGUAUAUUUGAUGCCACUUAAAAAUACAGGAUAGCAAUAAAACAUUCAAGUGGCUGUUCAGUUGACCCGUAUCUGAAGACAGAUCUUGAACCUCUUAGAAUAAUAUUUUUUUCAAGUCGCUUACUUUCUUUCGUCAGUUUAUCAAAGUGUUUUCCUUGAUGCCCUGCCAGCCACUCAGUGCCUAUUUUUGUGGAAACCUGUCCCUUCAAACUUUAAAUCAUAAAAUUUACUGUCUGAUUCAUUUUAGCUCAUGUGAAACUUUAGUGCACUACCCUGAACUUGUAGAAUAGACUGAAAUUCCUGAAAGCGACCUUACAUUAUACAGAAACACAGGAAGUUUUCAAAGUGCUUGACAUUUACUGGAGCUAGCUCAGUCUCCAGCUUUACUGUGAGUGCUGCAGAAAAAUAAUCUACCCAAGAGACAUACUCUUAGAGAGAAAAGAUACAGGUUUAUGAAAAUGGCAGCUACUGGAUUAUGGAAAAAGAAAUGAAGAAAAAUAUCUGCAGUUGAGAAAGAGGACACAGUUUUUGAGGGAAUUAAGUGGAACAGAUGUAGCUUUUACUGGACCCACAAGGGAGCAGAUCAUUGUUGAGCAAUAUCUUUGGCCACUUUCCAAGGGAACUGGUACAAAGUGCAGUCUCGGGGUGCUUAGGGGAGGUCUUGUAAUUUCAAAAAGGACAAAGCUUGAUGAUCUGAAAGUAUUGCUUGCAUUUUACUGUUGUGGAUCAGCACAGACCGUCAACAAGAGGACAGUAAAUACCUGCAAAUAAACCCCCUCUUGAAGGACGUGCCCUAUGAUGUGGAAGCUUGACUCUUUGGAGCAUCAGUCCAGAGCAGAGGGGUCUUCAGAACCUGGUCUCGCAUUAGGUGACAACAUCCAACCGUCUUUGAAUGCAGAGGCCAGCCCUUCCGGGAUUAAUACAGAGAUGAAAAAAACAGGCCAAGUCUUUGCUCAGCCCCAGACAUGGAGCUGGGCUGCGACGGACCAAAAUCAACAGGGAGACGUGAAGGAGGAAGAAAGAGCCCAGCAGCCAGUGAGGCGAGAAAUGAGUUGGGCAGGCCCCGAGCCAGGAGCUGAGCACUGGAACUCAAACAGCCUCGGCCAAAGGAGGGAGAGGCCUGUCUGCCUUCUCUCAGAGUCGGAGCUGCCUCUGGAAGAGGAAUCGGGAGGAGCAGGCAGCGCCCCAGACUGGGAGAGGUCAGAAGAGGAGUGGAGGGUGGUGAAAGUGAAGCCGGUGAUGAUCACCAGCGCCACGCCGCAGGCCAAGGAAACAAAUCUUUCCAGAAGCGCCAGCUUCUCAGAAAAAGAGCUAAAGGAAGCAAGAGACAGGAGUCAGAUAAUAGCUGCCCAGCUGACCACCCCGCCCAACGCCAACUCCAGAGGGGUGCAACUCUUCAACAGGCGCAAGCAGCGGGUGAACGCCUUCACCCUGGUCAGCUUUGGCAAAGGAGCCGGACAGGGGCCUCUUGACAAGGACUCCAAAACAUGUGAGGGAACGUUCACUGAUAAACAGAACCCAGACCCAAGCGGCAGCUGCACACCAAAGUCCCUGAAGUGCAGGUCAGUGUCUCCGAGACACAGGGAUACCGGAGACAAGAUCAUGGAGGAGCAAGUUGAAAGCAUCCAUGAAGCGGACACAGACGACAGUAGUUUAGAAAUUCCUGAGGUGCAGGUUAGGAAAGGGCUGGCUGAAGAGCUGAGAUCUGAGGCUGUUGCAGUGGCUUCGACCCAGGAGCUGAAAGAAGAGCCUCCAAGUGAGGUUUUCAACUAUGAUAAGAAGGAUCAGCCAACCCAUGGUCUUCUGGAAGCUGAGGAAAAUGGGCCAAGCUAUUUGGUCAUAACUGGCAAAGUCCAAAACAAAAUUUCAAGUGCAGAGAAAAGUGGAGAAAUUUCAGUGUCCCUGAGUAAACAACCGCCCACUAUAGUCAACAGAACAGCAAGGCCGUUCGGGUCCCCUGCCUUGGUAAGCGUGCGAGAGACAAGAAGUCCUGUGUCUCCACCACCAGCCUUUUCAACUCCCCCAAAGCCAGCCCUUCCAGCUCCUCAGACACCAUCAUUUCCAAAUCCUCCGCCAGUGUCCCGAGUCAUCUCUCCAUCACCUGCUCCUUAUGUGCCACUGUAUGCGGCAAGCACAGACCAAAGACCAGCCUAUGAGCCACGGUGUAGCAAUGAAGAGAGACAGCAUGUGCCCGUGCAGAAAUCUGGCAUACUGGAAGAAGGUAAGACACGGAGGGCGUCCAGGAAGUCUAUGUUCACGUUUCAAGAGAAGCCCAAGGUCAAUCCAAACCCUGAGUUACUGUCCCUGGUGCAAGGUGUAGACGAGAAGAAAAAGCACAAACAGCCCGGGGGGCAGACACAAGACGAGGAGCUUCUAGCCCUAGGUGCUGAAGCAUCAAACUUCCUGACUAAAGCAAAUUCAGAGGACUCCAAGGCACCUGAAUGGUCAUCAUGCUUGAAAAGCUCUGGAUCAAGGGUUAUGUCUGAACCCAAGCCAGCUCAGGGGCUGACCAACGUUGCAGGGAAAGGGGCAGAGCUGUUUGCCAAACGGCAGACCAGAAUGGAAAAGUAUGUGGUAGAAUCCCCACCAGUUAUAAGAGGCUCUCUGAGGUCCCCCUCCCCAACCAUGUCCCUACCUCCUUCUUGGACAUUUGCAUCUAACGUGCCAGGGCGGGUGAGAGCCAUGGCUGACUCUGCUAACAUCACUGCUAAUCCUUCCAGGAACGCCAAACAGCAAUCAUCUGGUUCUUUUGCAGAUCAAGAAAGCCCAGUCAUGGAAAAUGGAAGCUCCAAGAAAGAGAUGGCCAUUGCAAAGCACCAGCCUUAUCAGAUGAACUCCUCUCUCUUCAUCCUCUCCCCGAGCAAAGACCCAGUGAGGUCCUUACCCAGGGCUGCACCACCUCCCAAACCCACGGUCCUAGACAGAGCCUACACCAGGCAGAGCUCCCUACCUUUCUCCCCUCCUCCUGUAUCCCCACUGUUCGACAGUCCAACACCCUUCAGAGCCACCAAGUGCCUUUCCUCUCAGGUGCCACCAAGCCCAGUCAAUGGACUAGGAACGCAGUUCAGACCGAGCCUCGGAGCUCCUCUGGAGGUGGCCGAGGCUCCUCCAGCCUCCCCAGCUUCAUCUCUGCAGCUGGGCCGUGUCUCCUCACCACGCCCUGGCAUCCAGGCUCCGAGACCCACAUUCUGUGCCAAGAAGGCAGGGAUCGAACCCCAGGCCUGGAAGGAGUCUCUCUCAGUAACUAGUACCUGGACCCCCCGUCAGUCUAGACCCCCGAGCAGUCCGGACAGAGGUACAGGUGUGUCAAAGGCGCAGCCAGCUGCUGAAGUCCCUGUGUCCUCCCCACAGGCCCGCUAUCCAUCGUCAGGCUCGUCUCCUCUCUCCCCUCCCUGGGAUCAGCGGAGCCAGUCCUCCAUCGGCCAGGACAUCAAGGCCAGUCGGCGCAUGCUAGCCAAGAACAUCAUCAACGCUGCCAGGAGGAAGAACACCACGUCACCUGGGGGACGUGACGGGCGAGGGGCGUCCACGUCUCCUACGAGCGUCUCUUUCUUACACCAUGGACAGCAGCCCCCCAGCCCCUUGUCCUUUCAAGCCAGGACUUUGGUAAACCAGUCUCCAACAUUCUGGAGUCCCCCGGAGACCCCAACCAGGAUGAUCAGGUCGCCCGUGCGCUUGUACGCCACCCGGUCGCUGACGGAUUCAGAUGCCUCGGGGGAUUCCGAAGACUCCGGGUUGAGAUCCCCCAGCUCCGGCCUGAAGUCCCCGGGUGCCCGGAGCUACAACACCUGCCCCCGAGGCUGGAACGGAGGCGUGAGGCUAAAGAGGGACGGCAUCUCUGCAGAGCUGUGAAGAGCUCCAUUGCGACUCCUGUAGGACAGGCCUAGAAUGAUGUCACUGCUGGGAAGUGCUUUCAUUGGCUGAAACAAAACGGCUUCACUAGGAAGCAUUCCAUUGACCAAAACAAAGAUGGCACCAAUAGAUUGCACUCUGUUGAACUAAAUAAACACAGCAUUCCUGAGGAAAUUCCCAGUGACCAAAGAUAACCGUGUUUUCUCAACAAGUAGAAUUUGUUAGUCCCAGAGUCCUAAAGAUGUAUUGGAAUUUGGAAAUGUGUUACUUUUUCCCCCAGCUAUUAUUCCUCUUUGUUUUUGUUUUGUUUUGUUUGGUCUUUUUAGCCAGUAAAACAGUUUUCACCAGUAGAGGAAAGACAACGAAAGGAUUUAAUUAUGUAAUCCAGGAAGAUAAUGUUGAAAACUUAUCUAUAUGCCCCAAUUUAGCACUUUGCUGAUAAAUCUGGAGCUGAAUGAUUUUGCAAGAGCUAGAAGGACAAAGCUCAACGCUCACAGAAAUAGGGGCUGUCAUUUGAUGCUGGAUAUCGCAGUCAGGCAGUCAGUGUCCACUCUGGAAGACACAAGACAGGCUGCAAUCAGUCAGACGUUUGGAUCCUGUUUUUGGAGAACAUAAUUGCACUUUGAUGUUUUGCUCGUUUAUUUUUAGUGGCUCUUUAGACCUCAAAGUGGAGUUAAUGAUAACUGAACUGAAUCACUUCCCAAAUGAGAUGUGGGAAUUCGGUUGUUUUGUGGAUUUGCGAAACAAACACCCAGUUUAAGAAAAAUGCAUAGCCAGUGUUCAGCUGUCGCAAACAACACGUUUGAUCUUAGAGGCUGAAGACGAAGCAAUACUUACCAUGUGACAUUCCUGUAUAUAUUCUGUGUCAAGUGAGAGGGAUUUUUAUAGUAGAUUGAAAGUCUGGAAUCAGGCUGUUUGUAAACUGGAGUCAACCUUAAGUGAAGUGAAUAUUAUAUUAGUGUUUUGAUUAGCAAAAGGUCAGCGAUUAUAAACUGGACCCACAAAGAGGCAGAGAGGAGGUUGUGAUGUCACAAAGGACUGCUCAAGAAGAGGCAGACUAGAGGAGGCUGUGAUGUCACAAAGGACUGCUCAAGAAGAGGCAGAGACUAGAGGAGGUUGUGAUGUCACAAAGGACUGCUCAAGAAGAGGCAGAGAUUAGAGGAGGUUGUGAUGUCACAAAGGACUGCUCAAGAAGAGGCAGAGAUUAGAGGAGGUUGUGAUGUCACAAAGGACUGCUCAAGAAGAGGCAGAGACUAGAGGAGGUUGUGAUGUCACAAAGGACUGCUCAAGAAGAGGCAGAGAUUAGAGGAGGUUGUGAUGUCACAAAGGACUGCUCAAGAAGAGGCAGAGAUUAGAGGAGGUUGUGAUGUCACAAAGGACUGCUCAAGAAGAGGCAGAGAUUAGAGGAGGUUGUGAUGUCACAAAGGACUGCUCAAAAAGAGGCAGAGACUAGAGGAGGUUGUGAUUUCACAAAGGACUGCUCAAGAAGAGGCAGAGACUAGAGGAGGCUGUGAUGUCACAAAGGACUGUUCAAGAAGAGACAGAGACUAGAGGAGGCUGUGACGUCACAAAGGACUGCUCAAGAAGUUCACAUGAGUUCCAGUUCAUAUGUCAUGCAGUAGAACUGCUUUUAUACACAGCAGAUCUUGUUGAGAAAUAGUUUCACUAGACCAACUCAAUGUCAGGUUUGGAUGGCAUCAUUUAACUACGGUCUGGAUAGGAUAACAAUAAAGCAGUUAUCGACAGGCAGUUGUCUUAACAUCAGACAUUACACAUAUAUAUAUAUAUUUUUAUCUAACCAUUAUUAUUCACUUUAGCUUCUGCAAACACAUUUCAUUUCAGUUUUACAAAAUAGUUAUUUCAAAUUGCAAUGUUCCUGAAACAAAAGACCUACAUUACAAAAUGACAUUUCUAAUUUUAAAAUACUGUUUUUGUUUGUCCUUAAACAUGUAUUUGUUUAAUAUUUGAAACACAUCCCUUUCUCUGGACCUUAUUAGAAGCUUAAUUAGUCCAAUUAACUAAUUUAGGAUAGGAUAAAAACCAAGAGGGACACCGGCCCUCCAUGACCUGAAUUGUGCACCACUGAUUUAGAGUCAUUUAGGCCAAUAAAGGGAUAUUGCAAUUAUAAAAUACAGUAAAAGUAUAAAAUAUAUAGUAUGUGUAUUCUCGCUUGCUGGUAUCAGAUAAUGUAUACAUUUCUUAGUUAUUAGGUUCAACAUGACAAAGGGUUCUGUCAGAAUAUGACAUCAUCACAGUGCUCUGCAACUCCUGUAUCCUGUAUUCUGUGAGCUCCUGAAUCUGCAGAGACUCAUGUGUAACAUGUCAUUUUACAUGUAUUAAUGGGAUUAUAUUAAACAGUGUGCCAAGUAUCAGCACUUCAAAUUUA